UUACUCUGUUUUGCUCAUCGCUAACAAGUACUACUCUUGUGUAACAAACAGAACAAAAAAUAGUCCAAUUUUAGUUCUUAAACAAAAAUAAUAUAAGUGCUGUGCAAAUAUGCAAUAGUGAAUAAUUCCACCUAUUCGGUUGUUUUGAAAAAACUGCAAAAUUGGACAAACCCUUUGCGACUUUGUACGACAGAGAGAAGUCGUACCCACGAACAGUAUUCGGAAGGGCAGCACCAUCAGCGAAGAUGGUACUACUUCCAGUACCACGCAACCUCAAAGAAAUAACUCAGAUAUUUCCGGCGAGGAACAAACAGUGCAAGAAGCAGCUAAAAUCCAAAAAUCGGUACAGUGCGCUUCUCCGAAAACUGCCUCCCCAGUUAGAAAAGUCCACGGAACGACUGCUAAACUAAAAGACACAAACACAGCACAGCAGCAGCAAAAGAGCAACAGUAGAUAUCGUCGUCAUCGUCAGGGAUCUGCACCGGAGCCACACAUUCAAAGCACCUGCACUCAACUACAGUCAUCUGCACGUCAUUCAGCCACAGUGGAUCCACUUGUCGCCUCACCAUCUCAUAGCAAAGGCAAUCUGUUAAGUCGUCUACUGCGUCAGUUCUCCAGCAGUGCCAUCACUGGUCGCCAAGUCAAUAGUAAAGCCACCAAGGAGCUGCAAGUUCAAUACGAUAACCACAACAAUCACAACCAGCAACAACAGGAAGAACAACAGCUGGAGUGUAAUCUUAGCGAGUCGGUAACGUUAACCAAUUUGUCCAACGUUGAGGGCCUCGUUGGCGUCGAGGCAACGGAUUCAACCGUUGCGACACAUAAUGAGGAAACAAUGGAUGGUGAAGCGCAGUCGUCUGAUGCAGUCAACAACAAGAACACGAAGCCAGCAGACGCUGGUGUAGUAAACGCGGAUAGCAGCAAAGCAGAUAGCAAAGACAUGCCAGCCAAGGCAGUGGUUGUGUCUCCGUCCCCAUCCACGGCUGCCGAUGCCAAUGUCAAGCCGAAGCAACGUGAGACGAGAAAAUCAUCGUCGGAUACGGGCAUUGAGCCGGUGCUGAAGCAGCACACAGCAUCCACCGGCACAGGAUCACAGUCAAUGACGGGUCCGUUGCCCUUUAAGUCACCGCAUGGCAAGGCAGGCAAGACGGGCGGCAAGGGGACGGACAGUUAUGUGCAGACCAUACGUUUUGUGCGCAAGAAUGUCGAUCAAUACAAGAGCAAUGUUCCCCUACAAUUCGAGGAACUGGAAACGGAAUUUCCUCGCGACUACGAUGACAACAUUGAGAUGUUGUCGCGUGAAGCGGAGCAUUUGGAGGAACAAUUCCGUACGCCAACACGCUCGAAUACAACAGAUGCGGCUAACCAUCAAGUGGCCGGCCUCAUCGAGAAUAUCAUCACGGAGGCGUCGCGCAGCGUGAAAACCGAAAAGACUCAAAUUGAUGUGCCAUGCAAACCGGCUAACAAACAGUCGACGGGUGGCAAACGCGUUGGCUUUCAAGUCGAGGAGAAGAUCGAUGUCGAAGGCCGGCAACACGACGCAAGUCAGCCAAAGGAUUUCGAGAAUUUAUCCAAGCAGGCCGAGAGUGGUGAACCCGUCUCUGGCGACUCAUCUACACCCGGUACAGAAACAUCGGUGUCCCAGCAGCCAUCAUCAACAUCCACAGCGUCGGCUACUUCGUCGGUUACUUCACUGACGAAGGAGCGCAAAAGCGAUGAGGAUGACGAUCCGGUGGCGAUGUCGCCUUGCGGACGUUUCUUUAAAUACGACAAGGAAGUCGGUCGUGGUUCCUUUAAAACCGUCUAUCGGGGUCUGGACACUCUAACCGGAGUGCCUGUGGCCUGGUGCGAAUUACUCGACAAGCAAGUGAAGAAGAGCGAGCGCACCAGGUUCCGAGAAGAAGCGGAUAUGUUGAAGAAAUUGCAACAUCCUAACAUAGUGCGUUUCUAUACAUACUGGGAGUUUCCUAUUGGACGCAAAAAGAAUAUAGUACUAGUCACCGAGCUAAUGUUAUCUGGUACUUUGAAGUCGUAUCUGAAGCGAUUCAAAAAAAUACACCCAAAGGUAUUGAAGUCAUGGUGUCGUCAGAUCUUGAAAGGUCUUAACUUCCUGCAUACUCGUCAAUUUCCUAUAAUUCAUCGUGAUUUGAAAUGUGAUAAUAUUUUUAUAACUGGCACCACUGGUAGCGUUAAAAUCGGUGACUUGGGACUGGCAACACUGAAGAAUCGGUCCCAUGCUAAAUCUGUGAUUGGUACACCUGAAUUUAUGGCACCCGAGAUGUACGAGGAGCACUAUGAUGAGUCCGUCGACGUUUAUGCGUUCGGCAUGUGCAUGUUGGAGAUGGCCAUAUCGGAAUAUCCAUACAGCGAAUGCAAGGGACCCGCCCAGAUCUAUAAGAAGGUCAUCUCUGGCAUUAAGCCAGCGGCCCUCUCCAAGGUCGAGGAUCCGAAUGUCCGCGACAUUAUUGAGCGUUGCAUUGAGCUAAAGAAAGAGGAUCGACCCAGGUGUAACGAGCUGCUGGAAUCGGAAUUUUUCGACGAAGACAUCGGAAUACGCGUGGAGCCCACGGCAUCAGAACAGUUCCUGUCCGAUCCCAGCAUUAGCAUCAUUGAGUUUCGACUGCGUUUUAUGGAUCCAAAGAAGCGCUCUUCUCGCCACAAGGAGAACGAAGCCAUCCAGUUUGAGUAUAACGUUCAACACGAUGAGUACGAGCAAAUUGCCCAAGAUAUGAUGAAGGAGAACAUCAUCUCGGAGGACGAUUCGCGUGCUGUGGCUCGUCUGUUAAAGGUGCAAGUUGUGUCGCUGCUGAAGGAACGCGCCCAGCGCCAAACCCAAAUCAAGCUACAGAAUGAGAAGUCACGGCUGGAGAAAUUGGCUCUGCAAAAGCAACGUGAAAGCUUGCCGACAAAUGUGGAGGAAGAGGAUGACGAAGAAGACGAGUCGGAGGAUGAGGAGGACGGCGUUAAAUGGAAUCAGCGACUCAAGUAUGAAAUACUAAACACCGACUCCGAAACCAGCCUGGUGACCUCCACGAACAGUGCCGAUCCCCAGAAUCUGGUAGCCCGAUCAACUACUUCCAUACAAAACGGCAAUAAUCCGUUGCAACAGCAGCCGUUGCCACAAUUAGUGGCCGGACAGCAAAAGGUGAUUGCAUCUCCGGCUAUUGCGCAAGUGCAACAGCAUUCAGCACCGGUUCACUACAUACAGAACCCACAGAUGGCUUCAUAUCAAAAUGCCAACAACGCCAUGCAGGACAUUGCGAAUGGGCAUGGCCAGGUCAUCUCACCCACGGGCAAUCAACAGCAGCAGCAACAACAGCAGGCCGUACAGCAGCAGCCAGUUGUGCAACUGCAGGUAGCACCUCAAGCUGCAGCGCCACCCCAAUUGAUAGCUCAACAGGUGCAGCCCGUUGUAGUUGGUCAUCCACAGCAGCAGCAACAUUUGGUUGAUCAGCAGAAGGUACAGCAAAUACCGUUGCAACAACAACUGCAACAGCUUAUGCACACUAAUUUGCCAGCAGCCGAUUUGGUGCAGCAGCAACAGCAACAAUACUAUCAGCAACAGCUUGCGCAGCAACAACAGCAGCAGCAACAGGCGUAUGCUCUCCAGCAACAACAGCAAAUGCAAACACUACCACUACAGCAACAACAACAGCUGCCAGCAUCACAGCAACAGCAAAUGCAACAUCAGUUGCCAGCACAACAGCCCAUUCCAAAACAAGCUGUUCAACAGCAGCCCAUGCAACAGCAACCUUUGCAGCAACAACCUUUGCAGCAGCAACCUCUUCAACAACAACAAACUAUCCAGCCUAUUCAACAACAACCUAUGCAACAGCAACCUAUUCAACAACAGCCCAUACAGCAACCUCUGCAACAACAGCCCAUACAGCAACCUCUGCAACAACAACCUAUACAGCAACAACCACUGCAACAACAGCCCAUUCAACAACAACCAUUGCAACAACAACCUAUUCAACAACAGCCCAUUCAGCAGCAACCUCUUCAACAGCAACCUCUUCAACAACAACCUUUACAACAGCAAACCAUUCAACAGCCUAUUCAACAACCUCUGCAACAACAGACCAUUCAGCAAUCAACUGCAACUCAGCAGCAGUUAUUACAGCAACAUCAUUUGCAGCAGCUGCAGCAACAGCAACAGUUCGUUCAACAGCAGCAGCAGCAACAACAACAACAGCAGUUCCUUCCAAAUGCAUUAACGCAACCACUUCAAAUUCCCAUUUCAACGCAUAGCACCCAAAUGACGAUGCAACCACUUGUUGCUAGUGCCCCACAGAUAAUGGCACAACAGCAGCCGACGGCAAUAUUAAUGCAAGGACAAAUACAGGUGCCGGCAACGAUGCAUCAGCAAUCGUUGCCAGCCACUUACAGUCAAGCUCCGCCUGCACAGCAGCAGCAACAAAUUGUGCAGCCACUUGCUAAUGUUGCAGAUGUGCAACAGCAGCACCAACAAGCUCAACAACUAGCCAACUAUGCGAAUGCCAACCAAAUGCAGCAGCAAUUCAUACAGACUCAGCAGCAGCCACAGCAACAACAACAGCCGAUACCCUUAGAGCAACAGUUGCAGCAGUUGUUGCACAGCCAAUCACAGGCGCAAAUUGUACAGCAGCAACAGCAGCCCCAACCUCCACUGCAGACAGAACAACAUGCUCAGCAGGCACAGCAACAGUCACAGCAGCAACAGCAACUGCCUAUCAAAGUAGUUACUCAGCCAGCAACUGUAACCGUUGUGGCGCAAGAACAUGUAGUAGCUCCGGUGCCAACCAAUUGUGAGGCUGCAACUCCAAGUGUCGAGCCAACAGCUAUUUCUACCGAUGCAGAAAAGCAGCAGAAACAACAACAGCAACAAGCCGCUGGAGGACGCGUCCAAAAGCCGCGUCGCUCGAAUCGCAGCGGCAACGAACGCAUACCAAAGCUAAGCGUGACCAGCGUGGAUGAGGGCAGUGUCAUCAACUGUCACAUGGAGAACAAGUUGAAGACCAUAACAUUCAAAUUUGACAUUAGCGACGUCAAUCCCGUUGAAAUUGCUAAUAAAUUGAUUGCACAAGAUUUAUUGUCGAAUUGUCAAAGCACCGUGUUUGUGGAAAUGAUUAACGAUAUUGUGGAGCAGGUUAAGCAGAAUCCGAAUCAAAUUCCAAUCCCAACCACCUAUCGCCGCAACAUUGAGAAGGUCCGUCACGCGUCUCUAACUCGACAGCGUUCCACAUUUAGAACACAUCAAAGACAUAGAUCUCGGGAUGAAACCGCCAGCGACAUCACAAAGAUGUUCGACUCGACAGCGCACAGCGCGGAUGCAGCUGGAGGUACCUCGGAUGCAGCUGGAGGCGCCACGGAUAAAUCUAGCACUGGCGAAGGCAGAGCACGCGAAUCUUCAAUCCAAAGCAAUGCGGACUUGCAGACAAACAUUGCAACGCCACCAACAACCACUUCCACGAUGUCAUCCUCAUCGACGACCUCACGGGAUGCCGGUAACAACAGCAAUGACGUGACCAUUGGCUCGGGUUCGGUCUCACGAAAGACCAGCACCGCCUCGGAGUACACAUCGCUGUCCAUUGACUAUAUGCCGGACAGCGCCAUUACGCCAACGGGCAACGAUGCGUUUCAUCCGCUGGAUAGCUACUUGGAUAAACCCCAAUCCGAGCAGAAGGCACGCAGUCUGGCCAUAAGUCGAGUGCAAAUGCUGUUGGAAUCGACGCGCAGUGAAGCGAAACCCAGAAGUUUGAAUUUGCCGCUUAAUCGGCAGUUGAAAAUUGUCGAGGAUCUGAAGCAUACUCGCAGCUUGGAUGAUUUGAGCGAAGUGAACAUCACAUUCGAGAUGCCGCCCAGCAAGGUGGCCAAGCAAUCGAGGGAACUGGCGAAUGCCAAUGCCGACAAGUCCAAAGAGAGUGGCGUCCAGCUGGGUGCAGUGCAGCCACCAGGUGGAGGUGGAGGAGCCGCCAAUACGCUCGAACAACUGAAGAUCGAACUGGAGAACAUUACGCAUGCGCAUGCGUUCGCCUCCGCUGUGGUGGCCUCGAUUGGAACGCGGCCAAGUACUUAUCAAGCCUCGCCGGCAAUUGCAUCGAUGAAAGCUCUGUCGGCACAGCAGCCGGUGCCGUCGUCCGAUAUUGUUGUGGUUAACAAAUCAAACAGCGUGGGAGGUGGCAGCGGAUCGGCUGCUUCAUUUGGACAGAAUACACCCACCGCAGUGCUAAACUCGGCACGUGGCUCAUCGGUGUACAACUCAAGGCGCACGUCCAUUGACAACAGCAUGGGAUCCGAUAUGCAAUUGCCUGCAACGAACCUCAACAUCAACCACGAAGGCGUCGUCACCGCCAACGACGCUACGACUGAGGGCAGCGACAAGAAGCUGGCCAAACAGGAGAGUCUCGACAAAGUCACGAGUGCGGGCAGCGAGUCCAGGAAUCCAAGCAAUGGUGCACUCAACCAGAACUCCAUCGCGGAUCUGGAAAAGAAAUUGGCCGCAUUGCGACAUGCUGACAACACAGAGGAGCAGCCAGCUGCAGCUGUCGCCGUACCUGUGACAAAGCCAUCGGAGGAAUCGGUGGUCAGCGUGAAUGCUCGCAAAAUCUCUCGAUUUAGCGUUAGUCGUGUGCAGGAGCAAAAGACAUCCACGGACGAGGCGCUGCAUAAUCAAUUGAAGAUUGAUCUGCAGAUCGCCGGCCAGGGGCACAAUUUUAAUGCCAACUCUGUUCAAAAUGGCAGCAUGGUCAACACGCCCACUGAGCUCAUUAGUUCGCCCAUACAGAACGUGCCGUUAGCCAUUAACGGCAUCCAAUUGAUUUACCAACAACAGCAGUCUGUUCCCACUGGUGUCAACGUGAUGGUGCCUCAGAAUCAGGCGUUGCAAAAUGGUGCUGCUGCUCAGCAGCAAGUGCAACAUGCGCCACAGCAACAACAACAACAACAGCAGCAGCAACAGUCGCAACAAAUGCUACCGCAGCGUCAUCAGCAAAUUGUGAACGCAGUGCCACAACAGCAACAACCUCAGCAAAUACCGUUGCAGCAAAUGGUGCCACAGCAGCAGCCAACGCAACUUAUACCUCAGCAGCAACAACAGCAGCAGCAGCCAACACAGCAACAACAGCAGCAGCAACAACAGCAAUCGAUGAUGCUGCAACAACAACAGCAAGCUGCACAGCAGUUUGCAAUGUCCACAUCACAGCAGCAACAACAACAGCAGCAGCAGCAGUAUAUGCAAGCACAGGCAAAUCAAAUGCAUCAGUUGACACCACUCGUCAUGGGCAUGGGCGUGGGUGUGGCACAACAAAUGCAGCCACAUCAAUUGGCCGGCAUGCCAACGCAUCAGCAAUUGCUUCAACAGCAGCAAGCUCUACAAUUACAGCCGCAUCUGCAGCAGCAACAGGCGGCCAUGUAUAAUCAACAGCAACAGCAAAAUUUUCAAGUGUCUGCAACGGGUCAGCUGCUGCAACAAGCGCCGCUGGUAGGCAACCAGCAGCCAGCUCAGCCCAUGCAGCAUGUGCUGCAACCACUGUUCAAUCCAGCUGUGGCAGAAGUUGCUGAGGAGCCCGUGUCUUUGGCGGCCACACAUCCACAUCUUUUACCUAGCGAUAUUCAAUCGGAUAUUAAGCAUAAUCUGGACUCGUUGGUCAAUCAAUUGUGCAACACUCGCUUGGGAACAAACCAGCAUCAGCGACUGCUGCUUCUGCGUCAGCGACAGCUCAUCGAGGAGGACGAACUGCGCUUGAAGCAUUACGUGGAAUAUGAAAAAUUCCAAAAGGCAUUACGCCAAUCUCUUAGCACAAAUGCGCCAGCAACGACCGCGUAUUAUUCGCCAGCUGCUGCUCCGGUUCAACCAAACUUGACAGCUCCAGCGACAGCAGCACCAGCACCACCAUCGUCAAACACUACACCAGCCGGCUCAGCAAAUACAUAAACGUUUCAACAAUUUGAAUCCAUUUAGUGUUGCCGCGCCGUCGUCGUAGCAACCAUAAUCAGCAACCGAUCGCAUCCCCUCCUCAAUUUCAUGACAAGUCAUUAAAAUAUUGCUACCCCGAAAAUGGUUUGGCAACUACUGAACUCUGCUAUUGGGCACGAUUGCGAUUUCGAAAAUUCUGGAUCUGCCAUUAGAUAUUAAGUGCAAAGUUGUCGGAUUAUGUGGGGGGAAAAUUGUCUGUAAAUAUGUAGUCACACAGUUAUUUUGAUUUGAUUUGCCAUUGUUUCGCUUAUUGUUUUAAUUUUGUUUUUGAUUUCUACUAUUCAUAUUCUUUAUAUGCAAUGCUGUUUCCUCUCAUUUGUUGUCAAUCAAAAUGAAGUUUCGGAUUUUAUUUAAGCAAAUUGUAAAUUUGAUUAGCGCUAAAGUGUAAAUAAAUAUUUCAAUAAUAUCAUGUACACUCAUACAUCAAGAUACAUACU